UUCAGUAUUUUCGAGUUAUAAGAAAAGAGGCCCUAUUUUCUUUUUGCAAAGAUCAUCAUCUAGAAUAGUCAAUUCACUUUUCCAUAUAGUGUAUGCGUUUCUCUUGAGAAAUAUUCCUUGAUAUCUGUGUAUCAGUUUAGCUUGUGCUAAAAUUUUCAUUUUAAUCAAAUUCACAAAAUUUUCAUAAAUAUAACUGUAAAAUUUUGGACGCAUAUCGAAAGUUUUCGUCAUUGAAGAAUUGGAGGUCCAACUUAAAAGUGCGGGUCAUGCCGACCACUCGUAGAGUAAUGUAAUGAAUAGCUGUGGGAACUCAAAUAUUGGCACUAAGCUACGAGGAUCUAAGGGCUUGGAAAAUCAAGAAGAUUCCGUUGAAAGUAAACAAGAAGAAAGUUUGGAGAAAGACGACACUGAUAUUUUAAGUGGAUACAGUUUAAACGAUUAUAAUAUACCAAGAGCAACUCUCGUUAUUUGUCAACGUAACUCCAAUAAUUAUUCGACUGAUCACAAUUUCUCGAGAUUUAAACCGAGAACUGGAGGUGGACCACGAAAUGAGUUUCGAAUGGCUCGUGGAGGAGGAAGUGGUGAACGUGGUAGGGGCGGUACAAGAGGACGAGCUUUUAAGAAAACAUCAAUCGGUGAUAGGGACUCAAAUGCAGAGUCUAGCUAUCACCCCCCAUCUAGAUCCAAGUUUCAAGAAUCGUUGAAAAAUCACGAAAAUUCACAAACCAAGUACUAUGAUGAUAAACGAAUAAAUGAGGACUCUAGAAUAUCAAAGCUAUUGAGACGCUUGUGUCGAGAGGACGAUGUCGAUCACUUUUUAGGACUUUGUAAACAAUUACAAGAGGGUAUAUUGGCUCCAGAAAAUCAGCGAUAUAUUCGAAGAAAUUUGGAUCUUAUUUGUGAGACUUUACUCGAUUCAUUGCAUUCAGGACCUGGAAUUAAAGCAAAAGAACAAAUUGUCAAAUGUUUGGGACGCGUUGGUUAUGUUGUAGAUCAAGAUUUUAAGAGAUACAUGGAAUGGAUGUUCAACAAAUAUUCGCAAGAACGAAAAGACGAAGUGAAAUGUCUAUUAAUAAAAUCAUUUGGAGAAACAUUGAAACUAGACACCGAGGCACCAAAAUUAAAAGAAUUUUCAGUGUCAAUAAUGUUUCAUCUACAGUCAUUGCUUGAAAAUGUAGAAAGUCCGGAUUUAUUGAUAACAACAGUAGACGCAAUGUUACUUAUAAUAGAUCUCUAUCCAGAAACAUUUACAGGUCAUUUUCGUGAUACAGUUGACAUUCUUGUUGGCUGGCACAUUGAUUUAACACAACAGAAACCAAUUGUUGCAUACGCGAGUCGCAGUUUACAAAAGAUGCGUAAUUUUUGGUUGGCAGAUUUACAAUUCACAUUAACAUUAUUGGGACAAUUUUUAGAAGAUAUGGAAAGUUAUGACGAGGAAUUAUCAUUGCCUGGUUCAGGUCGAAGUUCACCAGGCGAUGAAAGUACUCCAUGUAUGAAAGAAUGUAUAGUUAAAAUAACUUCACUUAUUUCCGUAUUUAAUACAGUGACUAAAAGUAUUUUAGAUCAUUUAAAUCCAAAUUUAAAUCCUGCUGUUCAAUGGUCAUUUUUAAAUGAUUGUCUCUCAAAAAUGUUACGUAUUGUUGUAAAAGCAAUUGAAGUUGACACAAAUAAUAUCAAUGAUUUAGGAAUUUCCGAAGAGAAUACAGAAAGUUUAAUUAAAUGUAUGAAAAAUAUGAAUCUUUCACAAAAGAAUAUUGAAACUUUAUUAAACAAUUUCAAUAAAGAUGAUUUGAAUGAAGAAAAUCUUGUGCAAUUGAUCAAAUCAAAUAUUACAAACAAGAAUGACAAGAAAAUUGAUUCAAUUGAUAAAUGUAUAAUAACAAAAGAAAAAGAGGAAUCUUUAUUGAAUUUAUUAAAAUCAUUGGAUUUAACAUCGAGAAAAAAUGUUGAUCUUGAGGAAAAAGAAGAAUUAAUUGUUGUCGCUAAUGAAUGUGCUUUUUUACUUUUGGGUCAUCUUCAAAGUCGUGUGACAAAAAAUCAUGAUUUACUUUAUAAAUUUAUUGAUCUUCAAUUGCAACGAGUUAAUAUUUUUUGGGAUGAUACAAUUGUUUCGACAUUAACGACAAUAUCAAAAGUUAUUAAAGAAGUUUCGGCAAAUCUUCCACUUGAAUUGGUUCAUACAUUAUUGGGAAAAAAUUCAAUUUUAUUGAAAUUACGUUUCAGUGAUACGGUUUUAAUUCAAAAUGCAAGUCUUGCUGUUUAUCAAAGUCUUUUGAGUUUAAAAAAUAUUCCAUUACUUCAAGAAGCCUAUCGCUAUGUACUUGCGGAUUUAGAAAUUGCUUACAAAUUAGUUGUAACUGAUGUGGAAAAUUUGGUCAUCGACAAUCCAUUGUGUAAUAAUGUUUCAUAUAAAAAGAAAGAUGCCGAGCUGGUUAUUAUUUUUUUGCUACGAGCUUUAUCUGAUAUUGCAAAUGCGAGUAAUUCGAUCAUUGGAAUGUGGGCUCUAAAACCGAGUAUUUUAGAAUUAUUGGCUGUUAAAUUGAAACCGUACGAUUCGGUUUUAUCACAUGAGAGUCCACUUUUGCAGUAUAGUAUUUUAUAUUUGCUCUACGCUCAUUGUUCUAGGUACAAUCAUUUUGUGCCAAGUUCAAGUCUAAUAACGGGAACAAAUAAUUGUCGUCCAAUGGAUAUUUUUCCAUUAGAUGUGCCAACAACAUCGCCAACAAGUGGUCACUUGUCGAUAAUAUUAAAUCUCUUGGCAAAAACAUUUAAACAACAAGCUUGCAAUCAAACAAUUAUUUUAUUAGCUGAAUGGAUGCAAGAAAUAUGCCUUCAAGCGGACAAUUAUCUUGCUAUUCUUAAUAAAACGGAAGAAUUUCAAAAUAUUAUUUCCAGUCUACUCAAGUGUGCAGCGACAACUAAUCAUGAUAUUUCAUCAGCAAUGUGUAAUAUUUUUGAAAUGUUAUUCAGUGCAAAGGGUAUAACAUGGCCGGAGAAUAUUUAUAUGGAAAUUGUUGAUUUAAUUAUAUUGCAUUCGACUUCAUUGGAUAAAAAUUUACGUGAAAAAUAUGGACGUUUAUUGAUGAAUGUUCCACUGAACAUUGUUAUUCCAAAAUUGAAUAAGGAAACUCUUCUCUCGGAAACGAAGAGAUCCAGACAAAUUCGGAAUUAUUCCCUUGAAUCAUUGACACUAGCUCAAAGAAUACAUAUGCGUAGCAAUAAUGGCGAAAUGCAGGCUCAAUAUUUCAAAACUUAUAUGGCAUUUUUGUUGCAAGAAUACUAUUUUGAUGCUUUAAGUUUGAAAGAAAUGUUCACACUAUGUUGGCCAACUAUAUCUGACAAUGAGACUGUUGCGAAAAUAUCAGAGAUUGCUUUAGCAAAUUGUUCGUUUCUAUUUUUUUGGGGUGGUUUCGAGGCAGCACAACAUUGUAUCACAAAUAAAUUGCGAACACCACUUGGUAAACCACAGGAAACUUUUACAACAAUUGAAAGUGCUUUAAAAACAUUGGCUAGAGAAAUAUCGUACAAUACAGAAAUGACAAAAAUCAGUGAUAAACUUGAAUUAAAUAAAAUUCUACAUGAACACACGCGUGUACGAUUGCUUGUUGAAUUUUUAGAACAUCUUGAAAGAGCAAUUCACAAUGCAGCCGAUGGUUGUGCAAUGGCAUUGUUACCACAUUCAAAACCAGUAAGAACAUUUUUUCACACAAAUCGUCAAACAUGCCGCGAAUGGUUAAAUCGAAUUAGACUUGCAUUGUGUGUUGUUUCACUUCAUUCGGGUUUAGCAACGAAUGCAUUGCGUAAUGGACAACGAUUAUUGGAUGAUUUAAGUAAUGCUGAUAAUAUACAUGGAGCGGAAUUUGAAAGAGCUACUUUGUGUGUAGCUCAAGCAAUGGUGAAACUCGGUGAAGCUGAAGCGCUUCAAGGAUUGUAUAUUUAUACAAAGGAGAGAGAGAGAAAAUUCUCGUGGUUAAAACCAACAAUUGAAGAAGCUGCAGGACGUCAUGAGGUUGCAGCAGAAAAUUAUAAAUUGUUACUAGAGGAACAAUUUUUGAAACAAGAUGACGAUUCUAAAUGUACAAAAAUCGAAUCCGGAGAUAGUAAUCAAGUUAUGACUUUUUGUACACAGCAAUUGGUUAAAUGUUAUCGUUCAGUUAGUGAUUGGACACAACUUGAGAAAUGGAAACAACAAGAAAUGAAGUUUUCAAAUCGAGAAAAUGGAAAACAAACAAUGAAGAAUAUUGUUAUACAACAAGCAAAUUGUUUAAAAAAAUUCGAAGAAGGUGAAACAAUUGUACUUGAUGAACUUACAAAUUGGGCUCUAUUGGAUGAAGAGGCAAAAACAAAUUGGAGUUGUGUUAAAACAAUGAACGAAUGUUCGAAUACAUUAACAAAUAUCGCUCUUCGAAUUAGUGUUGAUGAUAAACAAGAUUUUAUUCAAGAUAUUGAAAAAUGUCGAAGUUUCGCAUCGAAGACAAUGGAAGAAGGUCUUCGUAACGUUCCUUCGGAAUAUCUCAAUGAUUCAAUUUUAAUGCAAUAUUCAGCAUCCGGUUUAAUUAGUCAUUUAUCGGGGAAACAAUUAAAUGUUUUUCAACUCUCACAGGCUGAUAAAAUUAAUUAUCUCAAUACUAGUACAUUAACACAAAUUCUCUGGUGGUCGGAUUAUUUUGCAAGAAUCAAUAAUAUUGAAUCGAAUGAAGAAGUCGGUAGUUUACGUUUACAUGUCAUUCGAAGUGCUCGUAAAGAGGGGAAUUUUAAUCUUGCCAAACGUGAAAUUAUACGUUAUUUUAAAACCGAACAGGAAGAUCUAUUUCCAAGUACUAUUGAAAAAUGUCUAUUUUCCGAUAUUGUAACGAAUGUUUUAACAAAUCCAUUGCGUGUCAAGUGGACAAAGAAUAAUAUGCGGGCAUUUCGUGAAAUGUCAAAAUUGCUUUAUUGCAUGGAAAAUACAGAGGAUGCGUUAAAAAUUUGCAGUGUUACCGCAUUAGGAAUAUCGCAGGCAAUUGUCAAUGGUGAACAAUCAACAGAAUUACGUGAAACUGGAACAAAAUUAUUAAUGACACUUGGUAAAUGGAUUCAACAGGAUACGAAAAUAAAUGAAAAUUCACAAUUACAAGAACUAUUGAGUUUUGAAUCACUGCACAAUGAUGGAUUAAUGGAUAAAUUAUUUGGAAAAACAACAGAUUUAAUUCCCAUUUCAGAUAUGAUAAUUGGUAAAUUAAUGCAACUUGGAUUAAAUCAAUGUCCUGAUUUACCACUUGCAUGGUGUAAUUUUGCAGCUUGGUGUUAUAAAUGGGGUAAAAAAAUGGUGGACAAUUCUAAUUCAGGACAAUUAACUGAUGCUGAUAAAUUAAGUAUUCGUUCUCUAUUACCGGUGGAAAUUUCCGAAAAUGAUUUAACAGCAAUUUUUUCAAUUUUAAGUCAAAAUAAAACAAUUCCCGAAGAUGAGGGCGAUAUUGACAUGAAUAUUAUUAAUACAUCGGAAAUGAUUGAAAAUCAAUUGAGAAAUGUUUCAAUUUUAUGUCAUGCAAAUAGUGAACAUUUGUCAAUGUUGGUGGAAAUUUGGCGACAAGCACAAAAACGAAUUUAUUCAUAUUAUGAAUUAUCGGCGAAUGCUUAUUUUAAAUUUUUACAAUUAGCGAAAAAAGAUACGAAUGAUUGUGCAACAAUAACGGCGACUUUGAGAUUAUUGCGACUUAUUGUAAAACAUGCUUUGGAAUUGCAAAAUGUUCUUGAAUCGGGUUUAUCAACAACACCAACUGCGCCAUGGAAAGAAAUUAUACCACAAUUAUUUUCAAGAUUAAGUCAUCCUGAGGCUUAUGUUCGUACACGUGUUUCUGAAUUACUUUGUCGUGUUGUUGAGAAUUCACCACAUUUAAUAACAUUUCCAGCUGUUGUGGGCGCUGUGUCAAAAAGAAAUUUUGACGAUGAUUCGGAAAAUGAACAAAUUGAAUUUUCAGAAGAGGAAAAUGAACACAAUCAGGAUGUUAAUCAAACUUUCAUGGAUAAUUGCUUUUUACAACUUGCCGAUUGUUUAUCAAAUCGAAUUCAAGACUCGGUGAUACAAGUUAAAAUUCUCGUUAGAGAAUUACGAAGAAUUACAUUAUUGUGGGAUGAAUUGUGGCUUGCGACAUUAUUUCAACAUCAUUCGGAAAUUUCUAAACGAUUUGAACAAUUGGAAUUGGAAGUACAACGUGUACAGGAUAAUAUUUGGUUGACACCUGAAGAUAAAGAGAAAUUAAUUGCCGAGAAACAUCGAAUUAUUUUACGACCAAUUGUUUUUAUUUUGGAGAAUUUAUUAUCAAUGACAUCGGUGACGGCUGAGACGCCACAUGAGAAAAUGUUUCAAGAGAAAUUUGUACCGUCAAUUGAGAAGGUGAUUAAUAAAAUGAAGAAUCCGAAAAAUCCAGCAAAACCACAAAUGGUUGCAUUGCCAUUGAAGCAACUUGAGGCAAAAUUAGCACAAAGAGUUCAUAAAAGAGGAGCUCAUUCUUUAUUAAUGACGGAUAUUAGUCCAACACUUGCUAAUUUAAAAGACACUUGUAUUGCCAUGCCUGGUGUGAAUAUGGUUAAUAAUAAAAUAGUCACAAUUCGUUCUGUUGAUAAUAAUGUUCAAAUUUUACCAACUAAAACAAAACCAAAGAAACUUGUUUUUCAUGGAUCUGAUGGUCAUGUUUAUACUUAUCUUUUUAAAGGAUUAGAGGAUCUUCAUCUUGAUGAGAGAAUUAUGCAAUUUUUGAGUAUUUGCAAUACAAUGAUGUCAAAGAAUAGUGAUACAAAAAAAGUUUAUAGAGCGAGACAUUAUUCUGUUAUUCCAUUGGGUCCACGUUCGGGUUUAAUUCAAUGGGUCGAUGGUGUUACGCCACUUUUUGCAUUAUACAAAAGAUGGCAACAAAGAGAGAGCUCAAUGAUUAAUAAAAGUAGUAAUUGUACAAUUUUACGACCCUCCGAUUUGUUUUACAGUAAAUUAACACCACUGCUUAAGGAGCGAGGAAUCUCGUUGGAUAGUAGAAAGGAAUGGCCUCUUCAAGUACUCAAACAAGUUUUAUCUGAAUUAAUGGCGGAAACACCGAAAGAUUUGUUGGCAAAGGAAAUUUGGUGCAACAGUAUUAAUGCAGGAAGUUGGUGGCAAGCGACAAAAAAUUAUUCCUAUUCUGUUGCUGUGAUGUCAAUAAUUGGUUAUAUCAUUGGAUUGGGUGAUCGGCAUUUGGACAAUGUUCUCGUGGAUUUGAAUACUGGUGAAGUUGUUCAUAUCGAUUAUAAUGUUUGUUUUGAAAAAGGCAAAACUUUAAGAGUUCCUGAAAAAGUACCUUUCCGAAUGACUCCAAACAUUAAAACAGCUUUAGGCGUCACAGGAGUUGAGGGUAUAUUCAGAUUGGCAUGUGAACAUACAUUGAGAGUGAUGCGUCGAGGUCGUGAAACUCUUCUCACAUUAUUGGAGGCUUUUGUUUAUGAUCCAUUAGUGGAUUGGAGGGCAGGAGCUGAUAAUAGUAUCGCUACUUAUGGCGCUUGUCAAGCAAGAGCAAGAUGCACCGGUGUUGGAAGAAAACAAUUGGAAGUUGAACUUACACGAGCAAUGUUUGCAGUUAGAACCACUGAAAUGCGCUCAGAAUGGCUGGCAAAUCGAGAGGAAUUGGUGAAAGUAUUUCCAUUGCUCUGUCAUCAUUUAAACAAUUGGAUGGAAGCAACGGAAGCAACUCAACAAUGUCAAGGUUUAUUACAAGAUCGACAUCAACAAUUAGCGCUCGUUAAAGAAGCUCAAGCAAUGGGGAGAAAUCAUGCUAUUUAUUCAGUUAUCAAACGUUAUAAUACUUAUAAAAGAACAAAGGAUGCCCUUGAGAAAGCUAAAGUUGGAUUAAAGGAAAAAAUAGACGAAUGUCAGAAACAAAUUAACAUGCAUAAUAUUGCUUUAACAGCUGUACGUGGUUCACAAUUGGGUCAAUGGUUGGCGGAAGUUGGUAAUCCAGCAAAUCAAGAGGAUCAUCUUGUUUUUGAUUUGGUGAAGGAAUUCCUUCAAAAUGCAGGACAAAGUCAAAUGAUUGUUCAAUGUGAACAAUCAGAAAAUGAAUUGACACAAUUGGCAAUGCAACAAUUAAUGAUGAUUCGUAAUUGUUUGGAUCUUUUGAGUCAAUAUUCGGCAAUUUGUAAUCUUUAUCCAAUUUCAAUGAUGGCACAACAUCGAACAGUCGCGUAUCAUAAUUGGUCGAAUAAAUUAUUAAUAACUGGUACUGUUGAAACAUGUCAGGAGGUGAUUGCACAAUUGGAGGUUGAUGUGUCUAAUAAUUCUCAGGUUCAACCUAUUAUUGCAUUUUCAUAUCAAAUGCAAGCGUAUCUAAAUGAUUCGAAUGAGAGAUUUAAAAAGGCUUUUCAACGUAUGGUUGCAGAAGGAUUGCCCGAAGCUUCGGUAACAAUUGAGAAGAAUUAUACAGAAUCAAAAUCACAAAUUAGUACAUUUUUAAGACGUGAAAAGGGAGCGGAAAAAUCUUUGGAAUGUGUGAUUAUCACUGCUUUGUGUGCAUUAAAUAAGAGAUAUUUAAUGAUGGAGGGAGCGGCAAAAUGUGCUAGUGAUUGUCUCGUUGAUUUAACAUCAAGAGAAGGUGAUUGGUUCCUUGAUGAAAUGAGAUUGAUGUCUUCAUUGAUUGCAGAACUUGUGACAUUAAUUCCUGAUAAUCAUAAAUCAAAUAACGAUGUAAAAAUUCCUCUUGUUCUUAAAUGUCUCAAGAAUGCAGAUUUUAUUUACAAGGGUCUUCAAGAAUUGAAUUAUAAUUUUCAUACGAUUAUUUUACCUGAGGCAAUGAAGACAAUAAUUAUUGAAGAAUCAACAGUGAUGAGAAUGGUUAAUGAACUUGAUGAGAUUAUUUUAUCAGUUGGUGUUCCAUUGGGUGAAAUUCUCGCUCAACUUGAAAUGCAUUUAAGAUUCACUGUUAUGGAAAUGGAUAGUCCUCAUGCGAUAGUACAAAAUCUUGUUGCCAAUAUGAGACUUCGUUUUGAAACACUUCUUUCGAGACCAGCUGAGGCGCAGGAAUUAAAUCAAGAUGAAACUUUAACGCCUGGACAAAUGUUAUUGAUGGGUUUUAAUGGUCUUUUUGAAAAAUUACAAAUGGAAGGUAAUACAUUGGUAACGGCAUUGAGUAGUCUUGAUAUACCAACGAGUUGGAAGAAAAUUGAUCAAAUUCGUGAAGCUAAAGAAAUGGCGGCGCCUAUUUUUAAUGAAACUGCACGUGGCGUAUUGGAUGAUAUAUUUCUUAUUAAACGUUUACAUACAAUUCAGGAAUUUUUCAUUAUGUGUCGUGAUACAGCAACGGCAUUUAAAGGUGGAUUGGCGAAUGUUCAUGACGAUGAGAGACUUAAUAAACCAGUUCGUGUGUUUACCGCUGAUUAUGUAUCGAGACAAUUAUUGGGAAUGACAUCACAAACAUUGGCUAUUGCAUUGUGUUUCCUUUUGCAGAGAAUGGGUUUGAAUGUAACAACUGAAAUUGAACAACGCGAUGUGGGAGCUGAAAGUAAAGUUUCUCUUGAAGAACUUUGUAGAAAAUUGGUUGAUUUGUGUUUGAAAAAGAAUUUAUUCUCUGGAUCGGUUCUUACACAAGCGAGUGCAUUGAGCAAUACACUUGAGAGUGCUUGGCGUAGGAAGCAAAGUUCAAAAUUCGCUCAACAAAGUGUUGAAAUCACAAGAGCAAGUGUUCAGCGGCUUCAAUUACAAUUAACAGCUCAUCAUUGGCUACACGAGGAUAGUUUAUUGCUACGAUCAAAUCUACUAAAUCCUCUCAAUCGACCUACAUUUAUGUUGGAAUUGCGUAAAGCCGCAUCAGCUUUAACUGCUUUACAAUCACGAGUUUGUGAAGCAAGGGAACAACAACAAAAUUUGGUGGCAAGUGCAAUUCAACGUUUAAAAUGGGCCGCUGGAGCGAAUCCAGCACUCAGUGAAGUAAUGUCGGCAUUUGACAAUGCUGUCUUGACAUCUUGUGAAAAACUCACACGACAACAUAAUUUAGCUGCAAUGAUAGUCAAUACUUGUAAUUCAAUAUUACACUAUGAGGCAUUGAGAACAAGAACAUCGGAAAGUGUAACGAGUGAUAAUAAUUUUAUCAAACUAGUGAAACAUUGGGAAGAAAGUUGUAAAUUAACAAUGAAUUUAACAAUCACAGUGACGAUGAUUGAAGAAAGCCUCGUGGAAUUAUUAUUACAAUUGGAUAACACCGUGGAUGCAAAUUGGUUGCGACAAGCUGAAAAAGUUAUUUCCGAGGCAAUUAUUGAUACACAAAAAAAAUUACAAGAUAAACAAGAUGCACUUGUUAAUAUACAUGAAUGUUUAAGAGAACAAGUUGUUAAUUUACAAAGUGUACUCGCUGAACAUCAUCGAUUAAUGAGCGACGUACGUGUUUUAUUGCGAACAAUGGCAAAACAGGAAAAUAUUAUUGGAUUACAGGAAUUUUUAAUAACCUAUCGAUCAUUCACCGAGAGUAUCACGUCCAUUGUUAAGGAAUUAGAAUCGGAAAAUCUUGAUUCAUUGCGAGCGAUUGCUAUAAAAGGUGAAUUGGAGAAUUUAGCAGCAAAAAUGCCAGCCUUGUAUGAAGAACUUCUUGAAUUCGCAAAUGAACAAAAAGUGACGACAAAAGCAAUUGAGUCGAGGAAGGCAAAGCUUAUUAGACAGGAUAGUGUGUGUCUCAGUCCCAGGAAGGGAAUUCCAUUGGUCAGAGAUCCAACCACAGGAAAAGCUGUACAAGAGAGGAAUGCGUAUGCCUUGAAUGUUUGGCGUCGUGUGAGAAUGAAAUUGGAAGGACGCGAUCCAAAUCCAUCGAGAAAAUAUACAACAGCUGAACAGGUGGAAUAUGUGAUUCGCGAGGCACAAAGCUCCGAAAAUCUGGCCCUUCUGUACGAAGGUUGGACUCCAUGGGUUUGAGCGAAUGGAAAAUGGCGCAAUCGCGCUAUUGGCUUAACACUUAUUCCACAUGGUACUCAAUCUCGUACCAAAAUAAAACUCUUCGUUGAGGCAAACUACUGUUCGAUUAGGGUGCUAAAAUGCCUAUUUAACACCUGGGAGAAGAGCUACUAUAUAAACAAAAACAAAAACGGGCUAAAAAACAAGGUUUAACCCGUGCUCCUAAGAUGGAAUAUCUCAUGAGAGCUGAAUAUAAAACCGCUCUAAGAGAGGUAAAAAAUUCUUAAUUGAUUAUCUCAAAAAAACAAAAACAAAAAAAAAAAAAAAAAAAAAAAACGGUUGAAGCGCGCUGAGAGCUUGCGCAAUUCCAAGGAUCA